GUUAUGUUGAAGACCAUGAUUACCUGUCAUCAUGCUGCAAUGAUGGAGCGCUCCUUAAGCAAGACCCUAACUGUCGCUCGCAAAGCUGCGAAAAGGUCUCUCGUCCAUAGUAAAUGCUGUCAAAGGAAGACAAUUAAAUCAACUAGAUUGCGUAGACAGGGACACAAUCAGUGUAGGACGACUCAACGACAAUAAGGCGCUUGAGACUGGCCAUCGUCAUCAUAACUCUCACUGAAAGCACCCGAUAACACUGUAAAAACCGCGAAUUCAUCAACCAUUAUAACAGUCACUGCUUACCAUGUAUGAAAGGCCCCUUAUGGAGGAGCCACUUCGCGAGGAACCGAGUUCCCUUCCGCGUGACCUGCUCGGGGCUCUCUCCAUACUACCGCCGGACGUCUUGCAAACAAACAUUUGGGGGCUCUUACCGCCCUCGUCGCGCACCGCCUUUCGGCAAACGUGCAUUGAAGCAGAUGCCCUGGCCCGGCGAAGCCUCAUAACCUCUGCCACCGUCCUUUUCAACCAUCAUUAUCUCGAAGCCUUGGGCUUUACUGGCCGCAGCUUGGUGCAGCACUUUCCAGGCCUCCGCGCGCUGACCCUGCGCCAAGCCACAGCGGGUCGCAAGCCGCUCCCCGCUGAGGUGGUACGCGCUUGCUUGGAGCUCCUAACCCGCUCCAGCGGAGGCGCAGGGGGCGCACGGGAAGAAGGAGGGGCCGCAUCAGUAGCAGCUGGUGGUCUUGGAGCUGCUGCUGCUGGUACAUGUGGAGCGGUUCAUGUUCGGCAGCUGGCCCUGCAGGAUUGGCCCUCCCUGGAGGUGGGGGAGCUGGUGCUGCUGGCGGCGGCUUUCCCGCGGCUGGAGGGCCUGGGGUUGGCGUGCAGGACGCGCGCCUUCCCCCACCACUACCCUGCCCCCGACGAGCUGCUGCCGCUCCUCGCCCGCCUGCUGCCGCGACUGAGCCGCCUGGAGCUCACGGGACUGGGGCUGCAGGCGGCCGCAGGGGGGGCGCAACACCAGCCGCAAGUCCUACAACCGCAGCGGCAACACCAGGCGGAGGGCGGGCCCAUGGAGGAAGGAGGAAAGGAGCAAGGGGAAAGGCCCCCUGACAGCGCCGGCGGCAGCAGCGACAUCGGCGGCAACCAUCGCCAUGGCGAUGACGUCAGCAACGGCUGUAGCAGCAACGGCCUUGCCGUACUAGCUGAGCUGCUACCGGGCCUCCAGAGCCUGACGCUGCGCACGAUUGACCUGCCGCCCUCGCUUUGCAGCCAGCUGGGCUGCCUGACACAGCUGCGGGAGCUCUCCCUGGAGUGCGGCUUUGUGAUGACGCCGGCGGAUGAGGUGCGGCCCGCGCUGCGAACCAUGGGUCGGUCGCUUGCGGCGCUGCUGCCGCUGCUGGAGCGGUUGACGCUUCGGGUGACGAGCUGCGUGGAGGAUUAUGAAGGUGCUGAUGAUGAGGAGGAGGUGGGGGAGGAGGAGGGGGUGAGGAGGAGGGGUUGGGAGGCGG